CUUCCUCAUUGCAGUCUUCUUGACUCAGGUUAGCUCGGCCGUGUAAGGGCAGUCAUGCAGCAGGACGGCACCGUAGUGGAUGAAUGGGUCGAAGUUUCCCGGCCGGAGCUUUAUGAGGACUAUGUCCGCUGCUGCCGAGAAUCGUGUCAGGAGACUGGGUCGUGUCGGGACAACAAGCUGCUGGACAGAGCGGCGCGGUAUCUGCUGAGUGAGCCGAGACUCGAUGAUACUUUUAGCGCGUUUCCUUUCUACCAGGUUGUGAUUGAGGCAGCCAGGGAGAGAGAGAAAGACAGAGACGGUAACUACAGCAGACAGCUGGAGGGCUUCGUCAAAGCCACAGAGCUGCUGGAGACUCUGUGUGUCAACCUGUUCGUGCAGCCGUGGAAGAAGGAAUUCAGGACCAUCAAGACCUACACAGGUCCAUUUGUUUACUGGCUGCUUCCAGUUCUAGGGAGCUCCACCAUUCAGUCUGUGCUGUCAUUUAUUGGCUACCAGCCCCACCCUGACGCCCCACAGAGUGUGUUUAGACUUGUGGAGGGUGUGAACCCAGAAAAAGCUGUCUUGAUGGGGUUUGAGUUGCUACUGGCCAGGGUGGAAUGUUACCAACUCUUGGAGCUCCUGAAGAAAAAUCAGCUGGAACCACAGCAGUGGCAGGAGCUCCUUCACAGAAGAGCGGGGAUCACAAAACAGGAGGAAUCCAAAGAAAAGAGGACUACUGCAGAACACAGAGAAAAGAAGAGGAAGGAAGAGCAGAGGAAAAAGGAGUUACCCUCAUAUCCAGAAACCAGGAAUUCGGUGAACCCACUGCCCAAACCUCGACGCCGUCCGCCUAUCGCCCCAGACCACUCUAUCAUGGAGAUGCAGAGGACCUACCCAGACCUGGCCUUCAGAGGACGCCGUUUGGUAUCAGACACACCUAACCAAGCAUCAGUCAGCAGAAGUGCCAGCAGUAUAGCUGCCUACACUGGCAGUGAAGACAAUAAGGACGAGAACAAAGUUUCUGAGCUAUCUAAAAGCAAAUCUUUCAGUGGCCUCAGGGCUUUACCUACAACGGAGGGAGGCAAACACGAUGGAAGCAAAGUUGAAGGGGCAGCGGCGGCGGAUUAUAGCAGAAUUGGUAGUCACGAUGACGCCAAUGCGAUGACACCAACCCUUCACAUUACACUGAGAGCUGGAGUCACUCAACAGGAUCAGGAAAACCAAGACCAUGAAAACCUAAAACCUGGUGAUACGCCGCAAAGCACAACAGAGCCUGCUACAGAUGUUCAGGACAGAAGGGGUGACAGACCUGAGCUUUCCAGAAUGAGCUCCAUUGAGGAGGAGCUGGUGCUUUUGAAGCUGUCAGAGAGGAUGGAUGCGCUGCACGUAUAAGAAAUAGAGUCUCUGGUCACUGUAGGUCAAUAACAGAAAUUGUUAUCACAUGUGUUAUUUUUGUUUUUGAAAUAAUGAAGUUUACGAUGAACCUUUUUCAGUUUUGGUAUACAAUAACAUGAUAUAACAUUUGAAUGGAAAAAACAAAAAACUAUUGACAGUAUUGUGUGUUUUUUAAAACAGGUAAAAAGCAUAGGUUUCAAAAAGCAAGAUCAAUCAUUCAGCCGGAGCUUACUCUGAUAUUGUCUGUAUUCUUAAAUAUUUUGCCUAUACAGGAGGCGAUAAGACAAGUUUUUGUUAAUAGCAUUCAUUUUUAAAGAAAUAUAUUUAAAUAAUAUAUAUAUUAAAAAAGGUUCAUUCUUUUUGACGUAUUCUCCAAGUGCUUUCAGAUGAACGUGUGAGGGUAAAGGGAUGCCAAAGAAAGUCGUUGCACUGUAUAUCACAGUUAAAAAAAAAAGGAAAAAGUUUAGACGUUACAUAAAAUUACAAGACCUUCAUUUAAAAUGCUGUUGACAGUUGAAUUUGACAUCACGUGAAGCAUGCCGCUAUGAUUUUGUCACGAUUUUCUUCAUACUGGUUCUGCAUCUCCUGGCGGUCAUGGUCAGCAGGGAUUACCUGUAAAAACAGAGACUUUUUUUGCUUUCAUCAACGGGCUAAAAAAAAAAAUCAUUACUUAUUCAUGAAAUUCAUAGAUUGUGUACAAAAACUGGACAGAGCUGAUUUGCUUCGAAGCUGAGGUUGUGGAAAACACAAUAAACUGCUACUAGUUUGAUUAUGAA